AUGCCACAGCCUGAGCCCAGUUCUUCCCCUCAGAGUGGUGCCACAGACCCCAGACCGAGCCUCGCCAUAGGCCGGCCGCUGCUCUGGGCGCUGCUGCUGCUCCUCCCGGCCGGGAUCUUCGCCCGCGGCUGCCCGGCCGACUGCCAGUGCAACCAGCCCCAGACGGUCUUCUGCAUCGGCCGCAGGAUCCACGCCAUCCCGCCGGGGCUGCCGCAGGACACGACCAGCCUGUACAUGUUUGAGAAUGGCAUCCGCUCCCUGAGCAGGGACAGCUUCCUGGGGCUGCCGGCCCUCCAGCUCCUGGACCUCUCCCAGAACCUGCUCUCCAGCCUUCCGCAGAACGUCUUCCAGCCGCUGACGGGCAUCUACAACCUCGACCUGUCCUCCAACCAGCUGCGCGAGAUCAGCAACGAGAGCUUCCACGGGCUGCGCUGGCUGGAACGCCUCUACCUGGACCACAACAGGCUCGAGUUCAUCCACCCGGCGGCCUUUGACACGCUGGAGCACCUGCUGGAGCUGAAGCUGCAGGACAACCGGCUGCAGGCCAUGCCGCCCCUCCGCCUGCCCACGCUCCUGCUGCUCGACAUCAGCCGCAACGGGAUCGCCGCCCUCGAGCCGGCCGCCUUCCACGUCCGCAACCUGGAAUCGCUGAAGAUCGCUGGGCUGGGCCUCAGGAGCCUGCCGGAGCAGCUCCUGCAGGACCUCCAGAACCUGCACGAGCUGGACCUUUCAGACAACCUCCUGGCCGCGGUGCCGGGCGCACUCAAGCGGCUGCACGGCCUGACCAAGCUGAGCCUGGCGGGGAACGCCCAGAUCGCCCAGCUCCACCUCGAGGACUUCCGUGAGCUCCGCAGCCUGCAGGAGCUGGACAUCAGCAACCUCAACCUCAACGGCCUCCCCCGGGAUUUCUUCAGCGCCUUUCCCAGGCUGCGAGGCGUCACAGCGGCCGAGAACCCCUUCAACUGCGUCUGCCAGAUGAGCUGGUUCAUCAGCUGGGCGAGCUCCAGCGGGGCCUCCCUGCGCCGCCCCGAGGAGACCCGGUGCCACUUCCCCCCCAAGAACGCAGGCCGGCUGCUCCAGGCCCUGGAGUACGUGGACUUUGGGUGCCCCACCACCACCACCACCACGCGGCCCACCACCACCCUGAAGGCCACCAGCCCCAAGCUGCCCCCCGCCCUCCCGAGCGUUGGGCGGGUCCCCGUGGAGCCUGGCACCGGCGGCACCACCCCCGGGGCCAGCAGCCCCCCGCCGACGCCGGACACCGCCCUGCACGACCAGCCGAGCCCAGAGGGGGGGCACCUGUGCCCCCCGCACACCUGCCUCAACGGGGGCGCCUGCCGGCUGGACCCCCUCAACCAUGUGGAAUGCGUCUGCCCGGGGGGCUUCACGGGCCCAUACUGCGAGACCGGGGCGCAGGCGACCACCCCGCCGGCGGCCCCCACCCUGGCCCCCACCCGGCCCGCGGGCAUCACCAUCCAGCACGUGGGCACCACCUCUCUCCGCGUGGGCCUGCAGAACUACAUCCGGGCCCGGACGCAGCUGAAGGGCCUCCGCCUGACGUACCGCAACCUCUCCGGGCCGGACAAGCGCCCCGUCACCCUCAGCCUGCCCGCCUCGCUGCCCGACUACACCGUGCGAGCCCUGAAGCCCAACUGCUCCUACCACCUCUGCGUCGGGCCGCUGGGGGGCCAGCCCCACAGCGAGGACCAGUGCGUGGAGGCACGCACCCUGCCGCUCACCCACCAGCAGCACGCGCCCGUCACGCAGGGCAAGGACGCCGGCCUGACGCUGGCCCUGGUGCCCGCCCUGGCCGCCGUCCUGCUGCUGGUGGCCGCCGCCGCGGCCCUCUCCUACUUUGUGAGGCAGAGGCGGCGGCGGCGGGGGCAGAAGGCCCCCACGGCCCCGGGGGCCAGCGGCGUGGGCCCCCUGGAGCUGGAGGGGGUCAAGGCCGGUCUGGAGAAGGCGGAGCCGACCGGCCCCGGGCACAAGGCAGGGGCUGCGCCCAACGGCCUGGAAUACGAGGUGCCCCUCAUGCCGCCACCGCCACAGGCAAGCUCCGCCGCCACGCCACGGACCCCAGGGCCGUCCUACUUCUAGGCCAGGCAGGGGCCCCGAUCCAGAGGCUGGUUCCCGGGCUUAGCACUGAGGAAAGCCCUCCAGGGACACGCACGUAGGGCCUCUCUGGCAGGCAGCUGCCACGGGACUGAGCGCCCGCUUAGCGUGGCUGCCACAGGGGCCAAUCCAGCAGCUGCUACCGAGGGAAGCAUCUCCGCUGGGCCCUGAGGAACACCUGUGCAGGCCGCCGGGCCCAUGGUGGCCACGUGCACAUUAUGAAGGACAGACCAGGAACCUCCCGUCGGCGAGAGGCCGGGAGCCCGGGGGCACAGGGGAUGGGGGAAACAGCUGCCUGGACACGCUCAUAGGAAGCAAAGCUCUCGGACGUGCUCGAGAAUAUUUAUAAUACAGGACUAUUUCCCAUUUCUUCUGGGAAAUCUCUUUUCUAACAACGAAUGCCGUACUUUUUGUAAAAAGACUAUACAUGUUUUUGUACAAAAAUAAAGAGCGUUUGUACAGCG